AUUCUAAAUGCCCCGCCCUAAACUGCAAACCUCAGCACCUGGGAGUCACGUGACCCUUGGCAGUGAGCGGUGGCAAAAUGGCGGCGUAAACAAUUGAGUGUGAUGGAGGGAGCCCGGAGCGAAAAGAAGGCAGCCGUCCUGUGCGCAUGCGUGGAUCUAUCCAAUGAAGGCUCAGCUGGCUGCCUGACAGGGAAAACCAGGAAGCAGUUCUGUGGGAGUUUCUCCUUCUCCUCACGCUUCAAAUGGGACUUUGAUCUCACCUCCUCGAGGGCCAGGAUGCCGGGAAGGGUUCUCCCCGCUGAGGGGCGGCUUUGGCUGCUGCUCCUCUGCGUGGCCUUGCUGUGGAGGAGGGAUGGCAAGGCCUCCAGGAGCCCGCUGUGGGCGACCAGCUUGAGGGGAACUUGGCGACUGAGCAAUGCGAAUGGCUCGCUGGUGCUGAGAGGGGACGUCCCUGGUUGCGUCCACACGGCUCUGCUCCAGCAGGGGCUCAUCCAGGAUCCUUAUUACAGAUUUAAUGACUUGGCCUACACAUGGAUUGCUCUGGAUAACUGGACAUACAGCAUAAUGUUCAAAAGUCCUUUUGACAUCAGCAUGUGGCAAAAAGUGAGUUUGGUCUUUGAGGGACUGGAUACUAUAGCAGAGGUUUUGGUCAAUAAUGUCACUGUUGGGAAGACGGACAACAUGUUCAACCAAUAUAGGUUUGAUAUUACUGAUGUCAUCAAGGAGAUUAAUGCAGUUCAAGUUCAGUUUUUGUCCGCUGUUUGGUAUGCUGCACAGCAGAGUAAAACUCACAAAGCAUACCAGGUACCUCCUGAAUGCCCUCCACCUGUACAGAAAGGGCAGUGUCACGUUAAUUUCAUCAGAAAGGAGCAGUGUUCUUUUAGCUGGGACUGGGGUCCUUCUUUCCCCACUCAGGGAAUUUGGAAAGAUGUUAGAAUUGAAGCAUAUAAUCUUUGCCAUCUGACCUAUUUUUCUGUGAUUCCUCACUAUGAGCAAAAUACUCAGCAGUGGAGUCUUGAAAUAGAGUCAGAUUUUGAUGUCGUCAGCUCAAAGCCUGUUUCUGGUCUCGUGACAGUGAGUAUUCCUGAGCUGCAGACACAGCAAACAUUCACCGUGGAGCUUCGUCCUGGGGAAGGCCACAUUGUGCUGCCUGUAAACAUAAGUAAGAAUGUGACUGUGGAAACUUGGUGGCCCAGAGGACAUGGAAACCAGACGGGAUACAACAUGACAGCAGUGUUUAACAUGGAGGGUGAUUAUGAGAUUAAGACGUUUUCAAAGGUUUAUUUCCGAACAGUAGAACUGAUAGAGGAGCCCAUUCCUGGGUCGCCAGGUUUGAGUUUUUAUUUCAGAAUCAACGGACUUCCAGUUUUUGUGAAGGGAUCCAACUGGAUUCCAGCAGAUUCCUUUCAAGACAGAGUGACACCUGGCAUGUUAAGGCUCCUCUUGCAGUCUACAACUGAUGCCAACAUGAAUAUGCUUCGUGUUUGGGGAGGAGGUAUAUAUGAGCAAGAUGAGUUCUAUGAUAUCUGUGAUGAACUGGGAAUUAUGAUUUGGCAGGACUUCAUGUUUGCUUGUGCCCUUUACCCAACUGACCAGAGUUAUUUAGACUCAGUAAGAUCUGAAAUUACUCACCAGAUGAAGCGGCUAAAAUCUCACCCAUCUAUUAUUGUGUGGAGCGGGAACAAUGAAAACGAAGCGGCUAUUGCAGCCAACUGGUUCUCCAUUCCACGUGCAAAAAUGAGCAUUUAUGUGAAGGAUUAUGUCACACUUUAUGUGAAGAAUAUCCGAGAAAUUGUUCUCGCCGAGGAUAAGAGUCGCCCUUUUCUUCCCUCAAGUCCUACUAAUGGCGUAGAGUCAGUUAAGGAAGGCUGGCUGGCCCAUAAUCCAUAUGACACCCAUUUCGGGGAUGUUCAUUACUACAACUACCAGAGUGACUGCUGGAAUUGGACCACAUUCCCCAGGGCACGGUUUGCCUCCGAGUAUGGUUUCCAGUCUUGGCCCUCCUUCAGCACCUUGGUACAGGUUUCGUUGGAGGAGGACUGGUCCUAUGAGAGCAAUUUCUCUCGGCAUCGACAGCAUCAUGCAGAGGGCAAUGAGCAAAUGCUUCUGCAGGCGGGCCUUCAUUUUAAGCUUCCUCAGGAAACAGACCCCAUCAAGAACUUCAAACAUACAAUUUACCUCACUCAGAUUAUGCAGGCACAGUGCAUAAAAUCCCAAACAGAGUUCUAUCGUCGUAGCCAAAGUGAAAUUGUCAAUGGUGAGGGACGGACCAUGGGUGCGCUGUAUUGGCAACUCAGUGAUAUCUGGCAAGGCCCUUCCUGGUCUUCUCUGGAAUAUGGCGGCAAGUGGAAAAUGCUCCAUUAUUUUGCCCAGCAUUUCUUCGCCCCUUUAUUGCCUGUGGCACAGGAAGAUGAAGAAGUCCUCUACAUAUAUGGUGUCUCGGAUCUUCACUCGGAUCACAAGGUGACCCUCAGAAUCAUUCUGUAUGAUUGGAGUGGGAUGGAGCCCAUAUGUACCUUGGCUAAAGAAGGUGUGGUUGUUAAGGCCAGGAGUGCUGUGCCCAUCUAUAAAGAGCCAAUCAAUGAGCUUCUGAAAAGAUGUGGAAAUUGUACCAGGAAAAGCUGCGUUGUCACCUUUUCCCUUGAGGGCCGAGACCAGCUCUGCAGUCCAAGAAAUCACUACUUUUUGUCCUCCCCGAAGGAUGCAGUAGGAUUAAAGAGUCCACAGUUUCAUGUUUCCAUUUCCCAAGAAGGAGAUCACUUCCAUCUUCUCCUCGAGGCAACAGCAAUUGCUCCCUUUGUUUGGUUGGAUGCCGGGAACAUCCGAGGGCGAUUCAGCGACAACGGUUUCCUUCUCACAGAGAAGCAAAAAGUCAUAUUGUUUUAUCCCUGGGAGACCAUUAGUGCCAAGGAGCUGGAAAAGUCACUCAGCUUAACAUCACUGACAGACAUUUCCUGAGGAACCUUUGCAGCAGCAGAAAGGAAGACCAUUAGAAACAGGAAGCUUUUGCAGGAAUCUAAUUCAGCAUCAAUAGAUGCAUGAAACAGGACCAUUAAGCAUUGUUCUUAAGGCAGCACCUUGCCCACGUGGGAUCCCUCUCUUCAGUGAGAUGAAGCCAGGAAUAGAUCUAUACAUCUUUAAAGUGAGUCUGUUUUUGCAUCAGAUGAACGCGUAUGCUAAGAGAGCUUUAUGAGAACAGUGAAAUGAAGCAUAUCGAGAGCUUUGGGGAUCUAUUGUUUCCAUUUUUCAACAUGCCAGAACCAAAAUGCAUAUUUUUGAUGGCUAUACUGCUGCUGAAACAAACCAGGAGUUUGAAUUAAUGCACACACAGGCAGUGUCCAAAUUACAGGGCAGCAAAAGGGGAGCAGCUCUCCCCGCUUACUUUUUGAGCUCCCCAACCUUAAUGCGUUUUCAAAAGUCCAUAGAGGGAGGCACAGUUUGGCUGCAUCUGGGAAUUUCAACCGUGGAUGUAGAUUUAAUUAAGAGACCUGCCUUAUAUUUGGAACACCGCCCCUUCUGCCUGUGUGGAGUAGUGAAAUUCGUAACACAGAAAAAUUGUAUAAGGGUUACAGAACUCCAGGUACAUGUAAUACUUUAUAGAUUGGGCCUGGUGUGUAUGCAUCAAAAGAGGACAAGAAAGUGCUCAGCAUUCAAGUGGUGAUAGUUAUAAAAAAGAGUGUGUUGCUUUUUAAUAAGUCAACAAAAUCAUUAAAAGAAAAGCUUUCAAAUCAGAGUCAAGUUACCUUCUAAAUCUGGCAUGUUAAAACAUUGUUUAGAACAGUAGUUCCCAACGGUUUUUUGACCAGGGACCACUCUCCAACAUUAGUACCAAAAGGUUUAUGAAUUAGUUGUUGGUCAACUUUUGAUUCAAUUUGGUUAUUUGGGGUGCUGAUUCAGAAAAUUGCAUUGGAAAGACCACAUUGGCUCUAGUGGUUGAUACAUAACAUAUGCCAUCCAAUAGUUGCCACCUGCUUGGCCACAGAAAACCAUAUUUAAUCAUCUAGAGCUGAUGUGGUCUAUCCAAUGAAAUUUUCUGAAUCAGUACCCCAAAUAACCCCUGGAACAGGCCUAAAAACGAUAACACCAAGGUGCUUCUGCUUCUAGGCACCACAUGGAACGGCUCCGCUCAGGGGGAGGGAGGAGGAGGAGAAACAGGAGUCAGGAGGCUUGUUGUCGUGCCUUUCGUGGGUAGUCACUCUCUCGCCUGUCAACAUCUCCAUUGCCUUGGCACCAUAAGAGGGUCUCAUGAGACCAGUUGCUCUUGUUGCAACAGUGUAUUAACGGUGAGGACUGGGACCAUAUUUUAGUUCUUGUGGACCACUGGUGGUCCACAGACCACAGAUUGGGAACAAUUGGUUUAGAAGAUAGAUAUUGAAAGACUGGGGAAAGAGAGGGAAAUAUGACAUUGGGAGUAUCUCCUCUUACUGGCCCACUUCCAUCUCUCUCUCCCCUUUUAAACAAUGCCUUAAGGUCCCAAAAAUGUGUACAAUCCUGCCUGUGGUUUCCUUGCCAAUCUAAAACAGUGCCUAGCUGAAGGCCAAGGUAGCUAUCCAAUGGAAUCUGUAUCCUUAGAAAGAUUAACCCCUUUCCCUUUUUCUAAAAUGGGUUUUUUCCAGAGACAUCUGCCAUAGCAGUAACACUUGCAAAUGUAAGCCCUGUGGCCGAGAUCCUGCAUCAGGAGACAGAGCUAUGAUGAUAUAGCCAUGUUUCUGUAGCUACAUCCUCCAAUGAUUAACCCAUCAGCAGUCUGCUCUUCAGCACCUUAACAUUUUCUUUUUUUGGGGAGGGGCAGGGCCACAUGGCUGAAAAGGCAGGUUUUGGGGAACACUUUUUUAUUUUUGGGAUCAUGCAACAACUCUAAAAGUGAAUUAGUAUAAUUACCAUGAAAUAUGUCAGGCAUACAUUACUGCCAAUGAUGAAUGUCUAUUAAAUGACCAAACACAACAUGCAUGCUAAAUGAAGGGCCUCUUGAUGAGGAAAAUCAUCAAGGUAUCUUCCACUACUUGAAGCACGUCAGCCAAAAGGCGCGAAAUGCUUAGCCUAGUUGGACUUUGACUCACAAACAGAAAUAGGUUUGUUUCUCAUUAUUUCAAAUUAUAUCCUUUUAGAAAAGCGAUACUGCAAAUAACCUCUAUCAUUUUUAGUUGUGAUCUGAAAAAAAUUAUGCAAGAAUGUAGCUUGUCCUUUUGUUUUUCUCAGGUGUCCUGGCAAAGGGGAAAUACCUCAUGGUGUUGUUGGUUUACUUUUGUCUUUAGAACGAUAUUUGUUACAUUCUAAUGGGAGCAAUUAUUGGAAAGUUUUGAUGUCACAUAUGUUUCAGAAAAGAAAAAAGAAACACUGGAAAUCAUCUCCAUUUUGUAUUUUAUUAUAAAAGUAAAAUAAAAAAGCAAGCAUUGAAAAGGCA